AUGAAGCAAAUGCUUUAUCAAGCUGUCGAAGCAUCACCAUCUGCCGAACUUGCUGAACCAGAAAUUCUUUCAAGAUAUUUCGCAAAAUUUGACGAAAGUUUUUUCCAUUUUUGUGAUAACGAACUCACAAAAAUAAAUACAUUUUACGCUGAAAAACUUGCAGAAGCUACAAGAAAAUAUGCUUCGCUUAAGGCUGAGCUAUCCGAAGUUCAAAAUCAAAAUGACGGAGUACACUCAGGACAUCAUUCUUCAACAGAAAAGAGUUUAUUACGUAAAAAGAAAGACACAAGAAAGAUACAGGAACUGAAACUUGCAUUCUCCGAGUUUUACCUUAGUCUCGUUCUUUUGCAAAAUUAUCAAAAUCUUAACUUCACUGGCUUCAGAAAAAUCCUCAAAAAGCAUGAUAAAAUUUUGCAGUCAGACUGUGGUGCACGUUGGCGACAAGAUAAAGUUGAUGUGGCUCAUUUUUAUACAAACAAAGAUAUUGAUCGAUUAAUUAAUGAUACUGAAAAUGUCGUAACCAAAGAAAUUGAAUCAGGAGAUAGACAGAAAGCCAUGAAAAGACUAAGAGUUCCUCCACUUGCUGAAAGACAAAGUCCAUGGACGACAUUUAAAGUGGGAUUCUUUUCAGGAUCAUUUAUGAUAUUACUCAUAGCUAUCAUCAUCUCCAUUCAAUAUGUUCAACCAAAUGUUGAUUCAUACAAAGCUGCAUUAAAGCUUUAUCGCGCUCCUUUCUUGAUUAUUCAAUUUAUGUUUCUUUUGGGAAUCAAUGUAUAUGGCUGGAGAAGCUGUGGUGUUAAUCACGUAUUAAUAUUUGAGCUUGAUCCUCGCAAUCAUCUCUCAGAACAACACAUCAUAGAACUUGCAGCAACUUUUGCCGUUCUUUCAUGUAUUUCAUUAUUGUGUUUCAUAUAUAGUGAUGCUCUUGGUAUACCACCUUUAAUAAACCCACUUUUACUUUACAUCUUCAUGGCCGUGAUUUUGUUCAAUCCAACGAAAACCUUUCGACAUGACGCACGUUUUUGGACGAUCAAAAUUUUUGGAAGAGUCUUUUGUGCACCAUUUUUUUAUGUGAACUUUGCAGACUUUUGGAUUGCCGAUCAAUUAAACAGUAUGGUACCAAUUUUUCUGGAUCUUCAAUAUUUUGUUUGUUUCUACUCUACUACAUUUCAAAAUGCUCAACAAUGUGAUCAAUCGAUCUUUAUAAGAAUGUUAGUCGCUUUACUACCAGCUUAUUUUCGAUUUGCACAAUGUUUACGUCGGUAUAGAGAUACGAAAGAAUCUUUUCCACAUCUCGUAAAUGCAGUAAAAUAUGGAUCAUCGUUUUUCGUUGUCAUCUUCUCUUCAAUCACUUAUGCAACCUCUGAGAAAUAUUCAAGAUCUUUGGAAAAUCCUUUCUUUUACUUGUGGAUUAUUUCUGCUAUAGUUUCAUCUUUUUAUGCUUAUGGAUGGGAUAUAUUCAUGGAUUGGGGCCUGAUGUCAUUAGAAAGCGAAAAUAAAUUACUAAGAGAUGAAAUUGUUUAUUCAACAACGUGGUUCUAUUACUUUGCUAUUGUUGAAGAUUUCAUCCUUCGCUUUGGCUGGACGUUGUCGAUGUCAUUAAUUGAAUCGGGAUAUAUAGACUCAGAUAUCAUAUUUACAAUAUUGGCUCCACUAGAAAUAUUCCGUAGAUUCAUAUGGAAUUUCUUUCGCCUUGAGAACGAACAUCUGAACAACUGUGGAAAUUUCAGAGCAGUACGAGAUAUUUCAGUAGCACCAAUUUCUGGAUUAUCGGAAGAAACUGAAAUUGUAAGACUUAUGGAUGAAGAAGAUGGAAUCAUACACAGACGCACGAGAAAAGGCCCUAAAAAGAAGGAGAACCGUUUGUUUCUUAACGGCAGAGCAGAAUCCCUAGAUGACUUAGAUGUAACAUAAACAUAUAAAAACUCAUAUUCUAGACAAUUUAUUAGUUUUUAAGAAUCUUUUUUUUUUAAUUCCAUGAAGAGAAUAUAGAUUAUAUGGAGAAUGAAUAAAAAAAUAAAUAAAUAAAUGAUGUACUUUGUCCACG